AAUGUUCUCAGUUUUGGAAGCACAGAGAGAGAGAGUGAGCCCAGUGGGUGUUUACUUACCUGUCGGGAUACAGAAAAGCAUUACCGUAGGAGCAUUUUGGAUUAGAUUCAUUCAUUAUCAGCUUGGUACAGAUUGAAUUCCCAGUCUAGUCAUGGAUAUAAACGAGGCGUCGUGGAGGGAAAAAUGGGGUUUAAAUUUCUCUUUUUUUCCAAACAGCUUCUUUUGAUUUUAAGCGCAGCCCCAGAGCAGGACUGGACUGUGUCUUUACACACACCUGACUGCGGUAAAAACUGAUUUUUCUCAGUUUUCUCGCAGUAGACAUUUUAAUUGCUCGCUUGGUCCUCCUUGUUCGGAGUUUUUGGGAAGUUUUGUGCUCCCUUGGGCAGCGGAGGCGACUGGCGGAGUCAGGACUGACCACUGGUGCUGGUCCUGAAAAAUGGAGGCUGUUAUCGAGAAGGAAUGCAGCGCUCUCGGAGGACUCUUCCACACAGUCAUUGGAGACAUGAAAGAGGCCCAUGACCCAUUUUGCAGCCUAACACGCAAGGAGGACAUGAUGAGCAGCUGCCCUAUCUGGGAAGAUUUUAUCACCAAGGCAGGAAAACUGCAGUCACAGCUCAGGGCGACAGCGGUGGCCGUCACUAUUUUCCUGGAUGCUUUCCAGAAAGUGGCCGACCUGGCUACCAACUCAAGAGGUGGCACCAGAGACAUCGGGUCUGCAUUGACCAGGAUGUGCAUGAGGCAUCGCAGCAUAGAGGCGAAACUCAAACAGUUCUCCAUGUGCUUUCUGGAGGGUCUGAUUAACCCUCUGCAGGAACAGAUGGAGGAGUGGAAAAGAGGUGUCAACACUUUAGACAAAGACCAUGCAAAAGAGUACAAACGAGCUCGACAGGAAAUCAAGAAGAAGUCCUCGGACACGUUAAAACUUCAGAAAAAAGCAAAGAAAGCAGACAAUCAUGGCCGUGGCGAUUUCCAGCCCCAGCUGAACAGUGCCAUGCAGGAUGUGAGUGAUAAAUACAUCCUUCUGGAAGAAACAGAGAAGCAAGCUUUGAGGAAGGCUCUCAUUGAGGAGAGACAAAGAUUUUGCUGUUUUGUAGCCUUGCUGCAGCCUGUAGUGGAUGAGGAGAUCUCCAUGUUGGCAGAGGUUACCCAUCUCCAGACCAUCUCUGAGGACCUCAAGGCCCUGACCUCUGACCCACAUAAACUUCCUCCUGCUAGUGAACAGGUGAUCUCAGACCUGAAGGGCUCAGACUAUGGCUGGUCUUAUCAAACACCACCUUCUUCCCCGAGUACUACUAUGUCCAGGAAAUCUAGCAUGUGCAGUAGUCUGAACAGCGUUAACAGUAGUGACUCCAGGGGUUCCAGUGGCUCUCACUCUCACUCUCCUUCCUCCUCUUCUUCCUCCUCCUCCUCGCAUCACCUCUUUCACCAUCAUCACCCCUGCCAUCGAUACCGCAGCUCAACGUUACCCCUGCAGGCCCCGGUUCGCCUCUCUAGCAUCUCUUCCCACGACUCUGGCUUCAUUUCUUCAUCGCAGGACCAAAAUGCAUCGUCCAAAUCCUCUUCACCGAUGCCAGCUGAAACAAAGCCUUGUCCCAGUUCCAGCUCCUCUGAGAUGUCAGAGACUGGGCAGCUUCACGGUGACUGCAGCACUGCCUGCUCUCUUACCGCUACUACACUUCAGCAUGCUACUGACAAGUUGUCCAAUGGCUUCGACCACUACAGCCCAGCCAGUCCCUCCUACCUGCAUAGCAAUGGGGGGAGCUUGGGCUCAGCUCCAGGCACUUCCUUCCCAUUCUUUUCACCAUCCUCCCCCUCUCCCUCCACCUCAUCCCCAACUCGUUCCUGGUCACGCCCCGCCUCAGCCUUGCUGCCGGACUAUCCCAACUACUGCACGUUGGGGUCCCCGAUGGUACCUUCAUCAAAAGUCCCCAGCUGGAAGGACUGGGCAAAGCCAGGACCUUAUGACCAGCCUAUGGUCAACACACUGAGAAGGAGGAAAGACAAGGAAGCUUUGGCUGGGGUGGAGAAUAAUGGGAGCAUAAAUGGUGGCAACAGCCCUCCUUCAAGCCAAACAUCGAUCUCAGCGCCCCCUCCUGCUCAGAUACAAACACCAAGCCAGCAGGAAGAGAAGAACAGGAUCAUGAAGGCUGAUGAUCUUGAGGCCCAAAAUGAACUGGCCCUGGCCUUAUCCAGGGGUCUGGAGCUGGACACCCAGAGGUCAAACAGAGACUCCAUCCAGUGCUCCAGUGGCUACAGCACUCAGACCAACACACCCUGCUGCUCUGAAGACACCAUACCUUCACAAAGUAUUUCAGAUUACGACUACUUUUCCAUGGCUGGAGACCAGGAGCCUGAGCAGCAGCAACCAGAGCAGCCAUCUGACUUCGACAAGUCUUCCACGAUCCCCAGAAACAGUGACAUUGGCCAGUCCUACAGACGCAUGUUCCAGACCAAACGGCCCGCCUCCACAGCCGGCAUGCCCAUCACACAAACCCCAUAUCCUGGACAGGGAACAUACCAUGGGGGAGCCUAUCCCUCCACACCGGUCCACACAGGAACCUAUCCGUCUGCUCCUGCUGGCCAAUACACUGCUACUUCUACGGGUCAUGGUCCAGUUAUCGUCACCCCUGGAGUUGCCACAAUCCGUCGCACGCCCUCCUCUAAGCCCUGCGCCCGUCGCUCCGGCUCUGUGGGCGGAGGCCCCAUUCCCAUUCGUACUCCGGUCGUGCCAGUGAAAAUCCCUACAGUGCCUGACAUGUCAGGAACAGUUAAUGGGAGCAGGAGUUCAGAGGAGAUUGGAGGAGGAGAGGAAAGCUCAUAUUCCUCAACGUUUGUAAGACCAGAUGAAGCUGGCACGCUUCCUUUGAUGUCCUGGAGCGGUCAGGCCUCCACUAACCCUCCGACCGUUCCCCUGCCCAACCAGCUGGUCCAGCCGUACCAGGGAAGUGGAGAGGAGGCGGACAAACAAGAUGAAGGAAACAUGCUUGUGGCUAUCCGCAAGGGGGUCAAGCUCAAAAGAACCCUCACCAAUGACCGUUCAGCUCCACGGAUCGCCUGACGCCAUCAUCCGACUGCCAGUCUGGUGUCACAAGUAUCUUGAGCUUUUAUGAUGGAAAUUUCCGUUAAAAAAUAUUUGGGAAUCUGGUCAGAAGCUUUAAAAAAAAAAAGAAAAAGCUUUUUGUGUUAAUAGGAGACACCUUUGGUACGAAUAGUUGUGAAAUUGUGUCACUUCAAGACAUUUAACCUUGACUUAGUGUAGAUUUUUCUUUUUGGUUGAUCCGUCAGAUCGGUGUAUAACCAGGAGUAGAUCAGAGAGCCCCCUUGUGGUCGUUUCUGUUUACUCUGAAUAGAUUUAUUCUUCAUUGGCCAUCAAACAGAAGCUCUAAACCAAAACACUUAUUAUUUCUGCUGGGUUGGGUCCAUGUUGUGUGUCGUAACAGUGUGAAAUAUUAGGAUGCGCUUCUGUGAAUAUUUUUCUGAAAAGAGCACAAAUUACUUAGCUGACCUUUUCCUGUGGUAAAAUAACCACUGUUCAUGAAGAAAGAUGGACACCAAGCUGUCUUCCACUUGCAGCUCAGAGGCGUAAGCACAGCUCACAUCAGAGUCCUUCGUGGACCCGAAUGGCCGACCCAGGAAGCCAUGGCAAAGUAGAGGAACUGACUUUGUGUUACCACAUGUCCACGUUGCUGCAGGCUACUUUGCAAAGUGUAAAGAGGUUAUAUAAAUAGAAAUUUGAUCUUUUGUUUUAAAAUCUUUGCUUGUUUUAAUGCCUUUAUAAUUUGUAAAUAAUUUAGCACAUCUCAAUUGAGGAUGAGUGUGAUGGUUCAGAGUGGCAAUUUUAGUUUCAAAACGUCUAAAAAGGUUGUAAUUAUCAUCAGCCUCCGCUGCGUUAAUAUACAUUUUUGGUUAAACUCUCCUGCAGGUUUUUGAUUUCUCAUAUCUUUUGGCUCUGCAGUCUACAUACUGAGAUUUAUAGGACAUAUAUAAACGUUAGGUUUAUUAAUUGACCCUCCACUAUCAUACUAUAGUAACCAUGUGCAAGAGUUUGAAAAAUAAAAACAAGUGAUAUGAAUUUUUAAUGAGACAAACUAUUUUUGAUGUAAAGAUUCUCAGUUAAAAGCUCUUAACAUUUUUUCCUAUGUUUUAACUUUUUUGUUUCCUUUUACUCUACUAACGAGGAAGUAUUUCUGAUUAACAUUUACAUCUUUUGCAAUAGUACAGAUAUUGUUUCAGUCAAAAGGAGGAAAUCAGAUCAAAAUGUAUAAUUCAUUAAGUAUAAGUAGCAUUUUAGUAACUUUUUUUUAUCAGGACUUUGAUAAGAUUUUGGGAUAUGAGAUUAAUCCUCGUAUCGUAGCGUUAGACUAUAAGCUAAGGAGGCUAGUUAGUGGCACCACGUUUGUAAUUCAUUUGCGUUUCAGUUCAAGUUCAAGUACUACAAGAUGUAUGAAAGUGUAAAUAUUGUUUAGCUGUGGUCAGUCGAGGAAUUCACACAUUUUUAAUUUAUUUUCUUUUUCAGUGUUUUAAUUCCAUCUUGGUUCUCAUCUUAUUUCUAUUUUUAUACGUUCCAAAAAAUAUCAGAGUAAGAAGGUUGCUUAUCCGUUCCAGUGUGAAAAAGAUAUAAAACAGAUGUGCAGACAUUACGGUACAUAUUAACGAGACGCAAGCUGUUUAACCGAGUUCAUUGGCAACAGUAUUAUAAGUUUUGUGUACAAAAUAACUACAUUUUCCUCUGAGUUGGUUAAAAUGUCUGUAUUGUUUUAGUUUUUGCUUGUACAGUUAUUUUAGCAUGACUGAAGAGAUGGUGGACUAACACAGAAAUAUUCAUAAACUUGACAGCUGUUCCCUGAAGGCAAUUUUAUUUUAUGACCUGAUCAAUUAUUUCUGUCUAAAUAUCUCAAAUAUGCUAUUAACCUGUAAUUCCCAUAUUCAAAUUCUUAGCAUAAAUAUAUAUUUCCAAAUGCCAGUAUAUCUUAUGAGUAAGAAGUUUAUAGUUUGUGAAAUUUUAAACAUUACAGUUUAAUCUGUGACAGUUUAGUUUUUUGCUCAUUUUCUCAGUGGAGAGUUGACCUCUCGCUGCCUGUCCCUGUAUAGUUCAAGCUUUGAUGCUGUUUAUUUUUCAGGAUAAAGUGACACCGUUAGAAAUAUAAUAAAAAUAAUCAACUUA